AUGAAGUUCCUCGCCCUCGCAGCUGCCCUGUCGGUGGCCGUCACCGAAGUGUCCAGUCACUACAUCUUCCAGCAACUGUCCAUCGGCUCCACCAAGUAUGGCGUCUACGAGAAUAUCCGAAAGAACACCAACUACAACUCUCCGGUGACGGAUCUCGCCUCAAACGACCUGCGAUGCAACGUGGGUGGCGGCAGCGGUGCCCAGACUACGGUAGUCAACGUCAAGCCUGGUGACUCAUUCACCUUCACCCUCGACACUGCCGUCUACCACCAGGGACCCAUCUCUCUUUUCCUCUCCAAGGCCCCCUCUCACGUACAGGACUACGAUGGCUCCGGGAAAUGGGCCAAGUUCAAGGACUUUGGCCCAACCUUCUCCAACGGCCAGGCAACGUGGCCCAUGAGAAUUACCUACGAGCACAAGAUUCCCUCGUGCCUCCCCAACGGCGAGUACCUGCUGCGCAUCCAGAACCUGGGCAUCCACAACCCGUGGCCCGCCGGUGUCCCCCAGUUCUACAUCUCGUGCGCCCAGAUCAACGUGACGGGCAGCUCGGCCCCGGCCAGCUCGUUCGCGCCGACGCUUAGCAUACCCGGUGCUUUCAAGAACACCGACUCCGGAUACACUGCCAACAUUUACAAUCCCAGCUUCACUUCGUACGAGGUUCCGGGAGGCAAGGAGUGGCUAUGCUAG